AUGCUGGCGCGACGGACGAUGACGUCACUGCCACGUCAUCUCGUUCAGAAGCGCCGUUUCAAUUCGAACGAAAUGGCCUACUCGGAGAAGCGGUUAAUCGGGUUCGUUUUUAGGAGUUCACUGCUAAAUUGCUUAUUCAUACGUGAUACAAUUGUAUUAAACAAAGUGAGUCAGCUUUUUUAUAAAACAUUACUGACAUAGCUUGGGAACGUCUCGAAGGUUUCGACAAUGAGGUGUAACUAGCUCUGGUGUGAAGGUCGAAGGACCUUGGCCAAAGAGACACUGAUCGAGGGAUAAGGUUUAUUCAGGAUCGGACAAUCCAGGGAACUCCCUGUAGGCGGGACUUGGGGGAUUAUAUAAUAAAGGCUUGCUAGCAUUAAUAGGUUUAUUCAGAACGGGUUCGGUGAGAAGGGAAAAGACCUAGUAACAGCGAGAUCGAGGGCUUAUAUAUUGAUCAGUCGGGGAGGAGCUGGAUCGGACGGAAGUCGAGGGGCGUUGGUGGCGUGAUCGGAUGUUGGCUCGACGGUCGGCUCUGAAAGCAUUCCGUUCUAGAGACUGUGACGAGAACCGAGGCGCAGCGGGCGGGGGCUCGCGACGCGUCGGGGACGCGUCUAAUGGAUUCGCUCUGACUGCAGCUUCCUGGUUCAGGAAUGCGAGUCAAGGGCAAAGUGCGACCGGGAAAGCGCCAUGGGAAUGGGUUAUUCUAGCGCGCCUAAUAAGGGAUGACCUAUCCCUUACAAUAUAGAGGUGGUUGGAAUGUGGAGCUGGCCGGAAGUGAUGCGGUGAGACCGUGAUCGAGCAGAGGCGGCUGGAAUGUCGGUGCGGGGAGAUCACGUGAGGCCGGAAGCGGGAUGUGAUCUGGAAUGUCGUCGGUUUGUAGUGAAUGGGAUCGGAGGGGGAAAGGACGAAGUCCGUGCCUCGGAAAGGUUGGAUGGGUGCGAGAGGGCGAGGUACGAGCCCUCUCGAUCGAAAAGUGGUCCCUGGGAGAUGUGCUGAUUACCCGUGGCGUUUGGGAUCUCCAGAUCCCUUACAACACAUACAAACAAGUAACUGGGCGCGUCUAAGUGGGGGUCAGGCGAAAAAGGCCUGGCGCAUCGCGGGACGUUGUGUGGGUUGAAAUGAAUGUGAUGUUCAAUGGUGUCGGAACGCGAUAUGGCGCAGAUUGGCUUCUACACGAACCCUCUGACUAAGCCUGCCGACGGCCUUCGAUGGUCUUCCAGUUGCUUGCAUUCUCAGUGAAAGCAUUGGUGAGGGCUACCUUCGAAACGGAUCUCAAAGUCUCUGUGCAUCCGUCGGUCAGCAGCUCGAUGAUUGACCAUCUCUGUAAGAAUUACUUUACGUAUCGAGUUUUAUGUUGUAACGGGGAUGGGGUAGGGUUUUAUGAGAAAACAAGAGAAGGUGUAAUCUAGAUGUAAUCGGCUAUGCUUACCUUUUUUUUGUUGAAAGUUUUGUAUUGAGUGGAAUGUGCCCAAAGACGUUUGGAGAAAUUAAAGAAAAUAAGAAGAAAAGGGGGGCAUCCCGAUGGAAGCCGGCAGAAAGAAUGAAUGAUAGAGAAAACAUUCCGUUCUGUCGUCUCAAGGCAACGAGAGAACGAGACACAGACAUUGUUCAAUUAUGAAAUGGUCUUGGAUGUGUAAUAAAUGUGAUGCACAGGCGAAGAAUAACAGGGAGAGGAUGGAGCUAUGAAACAGUUUCAAAAUAGAAACCAACCAGAGCCGGGUUUCUGCAAUCCAAGUCCAAAAAGCCUGCAAAGUUUGGCGUCCAGGCCUCGAACGGCCAAUGAUACCAAAAAACCCCGAAUUUUCCAGAUUCUCGCGCGACGAAAUGUUCAAAGUGGUGGCGAACGUGUCGGACUACCACCAUUUCGUGCCCUGGUGCCGUUCCUCUACAGUAGCCCAAGAGCACGACAACUCGCAGGUACAGUAACCCGCUGCCGUUUCGUGCCGAGACCCAUUUCAGAUUGCGACGCUCGAAAUCGGAUUCCCGCCACUUUUGGAGAAGUACACGAGUCGCGUGAUUUAUAUUAAACCGUCCGUUGUCCAUGUGAGCGAGGAACUGUAGUUUUUGAAAUAAUUUUUGCAUGUUUCAGUCGGUUGUCAUCGAAAAUGACAACCUUUUCCGGACUUUGGACACCACUUUUCGGUUCGGAAAGGUAAAAAACUAUUGUUUUGUAAAAAAAAUCUAGAAAAUUCUGAAAAAAUCCCAGACUAUUUUCAGGGACAACCGGACGUGGCCCGCUCGUGUACCCUCCACUACGACCUCGUUUUCGAGUUCGAAUCCGCGUUCCACUCCAGAAUCGCCCAUCUUUUCUUCGACAAAGUCGUCAAAACGAUGGUCUCGGCGUUUUUGCAUCGUGCCGAAAAACUGUACGGACCGCCCGAAUUUCCGCAUUCACAACCCAAAGUUUUACAAUAUAAAAGCUAA